AUGCCUAGAUAAUUUAUGGAAAAGCUAUAUUAAGUGAUAAAGGAAAAUGAAGGAAUUUAAAAGUUAAAUAUUAGAUGGGCAGAUGCAGGAUUGCUAGAUGAAAAAAUGAUUGAAUUCAUCAGUUAGGCUUAGAGGAAAGAAAUAAAUUUUAAAUUAGAUGCAGCUAGAAUUGAUGAUAGCAAAGGAGAAAGCAUAUUAAAGCAAUUACAGUAAAAUAAGUAAUUAGAAAAUUUACAUUUAAGCAUGAAUGGUAAUAUGCUUGGUGAUAAAUCUCUUAUUUAAAUUGAAAAAAUCUUAGAAACUUACUCAAAAUAGCUUAAAAACUUAUCAUUAAACUUAAAUAGCAAUGAAAUAAACGAUAUAAAUUCAAAGUAUUUAGGAAAGGGUUUGAGUUAUCUAAGCGAAGUAGAAAGUUUUUCAUUAAAUUUAGAUGAAUGCAUAUUCGAUUCAGAAGGCAUUUAAAAUAUUACUUAUUAAUUACCAAAGUCUAUUUAAAAAUUCUCAUUUUCUUUCAACGAUAACAUGAUUGGUGAUGAAAAUCUAUAAACAUUCUGUGACAAUAUGAAAUUUGACCCUAAAAAAUUAAUUGAAUUGGAUUUAAGCUUUGCUUAAAAUGAAUUCAAUGAUGAUGGGGUCGUUUAUCUCUCUAAAAAAAUUAGCGAAUUCUCAGAAUUGAAAAGCUUAUCUAUAAAUUUUAGAUCUAAUUCAAUUUCAGAUAAAGGUUUAUCAGCCUUAUUUGAAAGUUUAUCAAAAUUAUUCAAGCUUUAAAAACUUCAAUUGAAUAUAUCUAAUCUAUAUGAUGACGUUGAGCUAGAGAAUAUAGAGCUAUUUUUAAGAGAAGCUAAAAAUUUAAAGGAAUUAACAAUAAAUUUGCAAGACAACUGUAUUAAACCAAAAGGCAUCUAAAUGUUAGCAUAAGGAAUUAAGCAAAAUAAAGUCAUUUCUGACUUAUCCUUAAACUUCUUUUAUGGAAAGUUAGAAAACUUAUAUCACUUGUUAAUAACUAUCAUAGAUGAAAUAUUAAACAAUAAAAGAAGCUUCGGAGAGUUAAAUAUAAUAUCUAAUAAUUACAAUAAUGAAACAGAAAAGAAAUUAUAUAAUUUACUAAACUUAAUUUGCCUCACAAAUUUUGAACAAAUCAUUAAAAUAAUUCAAUUAAAAAAAAUACUUAACUGUGAGUCUAGCAAUAAUUAUUUAUUAGAUUUGAUAGAAUGA